GCCAUUGCUGAACAUUAGAACUUACACAGUUCCUUAAAAGAAGCUGGCAUUCGGUUGAAUCUCGGGAAAAGAUCUCCAGAGAAGGCGUAUCUCUAAGAGCAAGUCAGUGAGUAAAAUUUAGUUCUGUUAUUUCAUCAAAACACGUGGUUGGAUUCUAACAAAUUAAAAGACACUGCAGCUUCUGGAUCCAGUGUGAACAAUGGAGACAGCGCUAGCAAAAACGUCACAGCAAAGGCAAGUCAUUUUUCUUACUAUAUUGUUGCUUUUGUGGGAGGCUGGCUCUGAGGCAAUUAGAUAUUCCGUGUCAGAAGAGACUGAGAGUGGCUACUUGGUGGCUAACCUGUCAAAAGAUCUGGGGCUCAGGGUAGGGGAACUGGCCACUAGAGGGGCUCGAAUCCAUCACAGAAGAAACAAAGAACUCUUGCAGCUGGAUACAGAGACAGGAAAUUUGCUCCUGAAGGAGAAACUAGACCGCGAGGUGCUGUGUGGGGAGACAGAUCCCUGUUUGCUGCACUUCCAGAUAAUUCUGGAAAACCCUGUUCAGUUCUUCCAAACUGACCUGCAGCUCACAGAUAUAAACGACCAUUCUCCAGAGUUCCCUUACAGUGAAAUCCAUCUAACAAUCCCUGAGAGCGCCCAGCCAGGCACUGUGUUUCCUCUGAAGGCAGCCAAGGACCCUGACAUAGGGAGCAAUGCUGUUCAGAACUACACAGUCAGCCCCAACCUCCAUUUCCACGUUGUUACUCACAGUCGCCCAGAUGGCAGCAAAAACCCAGAGCUGGUGCUGGACAGAGCCCUGGACAGGGAGGAGCAGCCUGAGCUCACUUUAACCCUCACUGCUCUGGAUGGGGGGACCCCUCCCAGGUCUGGGACCACCACAGUGCGCAUUGAAGUCGUGGACAUCAAUGAUAAUGCCCCCCAGUUUGUACAGUCACUCUAUGAGGUGCAGGUCCCUGAGAACAGCCCCCUCAAUGCCUUGGUUGUCAGGGUCUCUGCCAGGGACUUAGAUGCUGGGAAGAAUGGGGAUGUAGCCUACUCUCUGUUCCAAGGCGGUGAAGCUUCUCAACCAUUUGUAAUAGAUGAAACCACAGGAGAAAUUCGGUUGAGCAAAGAGUUGGAUUUUGAGGUAACUGGAUAUUAUAAUGUGGAAAUCGCAGCCACAGAUGGAGGGGGCCUUUCAGGCAAAUGCACUGUGGCUGUACAGGUGUUGGAUGUGAAUGACAACGCUCCAGAGCUGAGCUUCUCUGUGAUCACAAGCCCUAUCCCGGAAAACUCCCCAGAGACUGUAGUUGCUGUUUUCAGUGUUUUUGAUCUAGAUUCUGGGGAUAAUGCAAGGAUGGUGUGUUCUAUUCAGAACGAACUUCCAUUUAGUUUAAAGUCCACAUUUGAGAACUAUUAUACUUUAGUGACAGAGGGGCCACUGGACAGAGAGAGCAGAGCCGAGUACAACAUCACCAUCACAGUCUCCGACAUGGGCUCACCCAGGCUCAUGACCCAGCACACCAUAACAGUGCAGGUGUCCGACAUCAACGACAACGCCCCCGCCUUCACCCAAUCCUCCUACACCCUGUCUGUUCGCGAGAACAACAGCCCCGCCCUGCACAUAGGCACCAUCAGAGCCACGGACUCAGACUCAGGCUCCAAUGCCCACAUCACCUACUCGCUGUUGCCGCCCAAUGACCCGCAGCUGGCCCUCAACUCUUUAGUCUCCAUCAACGCGGACAACGGGCAGCUGUUUGCGCUCAGGGCGCUGGACUAUGAGGCCCUGCAGAGCUUCGAGUUCCGCGUGGGCGCCACCGACCAAGGCUCCCCAGCUCUCAGCAGUCAGGCGAUGGUGCGCGUGCUGGUGCUGGACGACAAUGACAAUGCGCCCUUCGUGCUCUACCCUCUGCAGAACGCCUCUGCGCCCUGCACUGAGCUGCUGCCCAGGGCCGCGGAGCCUGGCUACCUGGUCACCAAGGUGGUGGCUGUGGACCGCGACUCUGGCCAGAACGCCUGGCUGUCAUUCCAGCUGCUCAAGGCCACGGAGCCAGGGCUGUUCAGCGUGUGGGCGCACAAUGGCGAGGUGCGCACCACCAGGCUGCUGAGUGAGCGCGAUGCCCCCAAGCACAGGCUGCUGCUGCUGGUCAAGGACAAUGGCGAUCCUCAGCGCUCUGCCAGUGUCACUCUGCAUGUGCUGCUGGUGGAUGGCUUCUCCCAGCCCUACCUGCCUCUGCCAGAGGUGGCGCGCGACCCCGCGCAGGAUGAUGAAGAUGUGCUCACGCUGUACCUGGUCAUUGCCUUGGCGUCUGUGUCUUCACUCUUCCUCUUGUCUGUGCUGCUGUUCGUUGGGGUGAGGCUGUGCAGGAGGGCCAGGGCGGCCUCUCUGGGUGUCUGCUCUUUGCCCGAGGGACAUUUUCCUGGUCACCUGGUUGAUGUCAGCGGCACAGGCACCCUGUCCCAGAGCUACCAGUAUGAGGUGUGUCUGACUGGGGACUCUGGCACAACAGAUUUUAAAUUCCUGAAGCCCAUAAUUCCCAACAAUCUGAUUCCAGACACUUAUAUGUUGAAUAGCUAAAACUGUAGGAUAAAUCUCAUUAAGAGAAGGAUAAAAUAGUAGUUGUUGAGAUGUAGGGUUCUUUUUGUUUGUUUGUUUGUUUUGGAAAUCAGUAAUGUUUCACCCAGAUUACGUUUGAUUUCUAUGUGGUUUUAGUUUUUAUGUCACAGAUUAAUGUUUCAAUUGCCUCCUGUCUUGGUAGUGCAAUCUUAGUGUAUGUUUUCUGUUACUCAGAGGAAAGCAAUAUCUUCACUGCUUUAGUAAUGACUGAAAUAGUUUUAAAAUCUCAUUAAAUGUAUUAUAUUUGGUAAGCAACGUAGAAUUCCAAACAUUUUCGAAAUGUAUCUGUAACAUCUUCUUUUCUUUUAGGGGGUAUACUAACUAUGUAAUGUGGUAGGUCUGUCGCGAUGCAGAUCAUCUGCAUCCUUAAUCUUUAGCUUCCCUCUUUAUUUUCACAUUGCGCCAAAAUGUCACCCAGAAGUGUGUGGCUAUUGUCCCACCCAUUUUCCUGUAAAUGAUGUAGUGUCAUUCUUCUUUGUGGAUGAUGUGUGGUUUGGAGGUAGAGGUUAGUUGAUAGGGUGCUUGCUUAGCAUGCACAGUGCUCUGGAGGUUCAAGUGCCAGCACCAUGUGGCAAGUUCAAGCUUCGUCCAGGUUAUGUGAGUCUCUGACUCACAAAACAAAACAACAAAACAAAACUGCAUUUGACAUAAGCGCAUUUUCUUUAGCCAUCUGUUAAAAUAAUCUUAGACUGUUUCCUCUAUAAGUAAAGUGUUAGUACAAAGGAAAAAUGUUUCCUUUAAGAAAUAUAGUACAUUGAAAUUCUUUUAGGAGUAACAAGUUUAACCCGUCUCUCUAUUGAGACCAGCUAUUAAUAGUUUUUGAGACAGAGCGUCUCCACUAUCUCUGGCUGUUCAGGAACUCAGUACGUGGCGUGGACUGAGUUGGCCUCAAACUCACAGAGAUCCACCUACUUCCGUGUUCUGAGUGUGGGGAUUAAAGGCAUGCACCACCACACUAGGCAGCAAUUAAUAUUCAAGAUUUCAUUUUUAUGUUGGCCAAAGGGUAGAAAAAAAAAAAACCAUGUAUAAAUCCAGUGGAUUGCUUUUAAGCUUUCAGUCUUCAGUGUUGUUAGAAUCAUUUUCAAACAACAGGAAUAAAUUAAAUGUCAUUUUAAACUAUGAGCAUUCUUUUACUUUCAUAUUAUAUGAUGAGGUGUAUAGUUAGAUGCCACUUUGGUUUGUAAAAUUUGAGCUGAUGAGUAAAAACCCAUGAGUAAAAACCCAUGGGAUAAUUUUUUAAAAAAUACUACAGUAAGGACAGGUUCUGUUAAAGCUUAUUGUAUACUACUACUCAUUUCCAAUAUAUAUGGUGACUUAGGAGGAAAUCUUUUAGCUUUCUCUCAAGGUUUCUUCUGACUGCAAUCUGACAUGAUUUAGGAUUACUCAAAAUCUUGCUCAGAUUAUAACUUUUGAUACAUUUUAUGCCUCCAUCUUUUGGUGGAAGCCAUGUUGCUUCUUCUGGAAAAGGUACGUGAGUGUUCUGUGAGUGACCUCUAAGGCAAGGCCCUUGGAGUUUAUCUCCCACCUCGCAAGGAACAGUGGGAAUGGUAUCUGGAAUGGCUGCAUUGAUCCUUGAGAGACAGAGCCCUGAUUCCUGCCUACUUAAAGGUUAAGUGAAGACAUGAUUGACAAAGACCUUUAGAAAAGAUGGUCUCAAAAAUGAUAGGGUUAUGUGAAGAAGAAAGAAAGGGCUUAGAAAUGUCAACUGUUUCUGAGGACCUAAGUUUGCCAAUACAUUCGAGUGAGGGAAAGUUCAAAACCAGCUAAGGGAAGAUAGGACCUAAAGGUCAAUAGUGAAGAGUCCAUUCUCAGGACAAGUUAGUUCAUUUCUAGGGUAGGUUUGUAAGUAAAAUUUGCUAUGCUCUUAAAAGAAAUACAAGUUGCCUUACCAGGCCACAGAGGGAGACAAUGCAUCCAGUCAUGAUGAGACCUGAUAGACUAGGAUCAGAUGGAAGGGGAGGAGGUCCUCCGCUAUCAGUGGACUUGGGUUGGGCAAGUCCACUGCCCAGGAGGAGAUGAGGGAUGGAGGGUGGUAUUGGGAAGGGCAUGAGGGAGGGGGCUAAAGCUGGGAUACAAAGUGAAUAAACUGUAAUUAAUUUAAAAAAUAAAUACAUUUUUAAAAAUGAAUGAAGAACCUGAAAAAAAUGACAUAAUAAAUUUUGAGGCUAUUGUAGCCAAGGAUUUAUUGGCCACGUAUUGUUGAAAAAAAAAAAAGAAAGAAAUACAAGUAGGAUCGAUUCCUCCUUGCCUUAAACAAGGGCUUACAUAGAAGGUAGAAAUUGUAUGGGUUGAUGAAAAAGUAUUAACUUUUAGUUUCUGCUCUAUAAGAAAAGCUGUAGAGAGCAGGACCAUACUAUAAAAUUAGACAGAUAAAAAUGGUAUAAAAGACAAAUUAACACAUAUUGCGAACAUACUGAGUCAGACUGUGAAACGAUGCAAAGGUUAUAUUGCUGUUGAGAGUUUAUGCUUGGAUUCUAAUGUCUUACCUUGAAACUGCGUGUAUACUGCCGGCCUGCACACAAUUCAAAGUGGAUGUGCUUGGCUGGAUAUAAUAUUUUUGCUUGCAAUACAGCAUUCAGGUCAUUUGGCUUCCGAUAUUCAGGUGUGCUUAGCUAUGUCAUAAUUAUUUGGAUUGCAAUACUACACUACUUAGGAUAUGGGUAAAGGUUAAUCACUGGCAACAAGGGAACAAAGGAAACUUAAAAAGAAUUUUAAUAAGUAAUUGUUGAGAGUCCCGGAUAAUGAUUAAAGGAGAAUCUGGAGCUGCAAAUGUUUGAAUGCUCUAAAAUCUUGUAUGAAUAAAGACAGCUCAAGCUAUUCGAGGUCACUUGCUCAAACCUGAACAAGGGGUCAGAGUCUUCCUUUCCACUGACUCCACAACUCCACCCCAUGUUACUGAACUUGCCAGAUUUGGACUCUGGCAAUCUCCAUACUUCAAAGAUGUACAAAAAUUGGGAUUAGAUAACAGUAUCAUUAAGAAUGAUUAAAUUGAAUACAAUUUAGAAUUAGAUCUAGAAGGAACUGCCACUUCAAAUAAUAUGGUCAUUUUGAAUGAAAUAUGUCUUCUCUACUGAUGUGAUAAAAUAUCAUGACCAAAGCAAGAGACUCUAUUAAGAAAUACUCUAUCCAGAAGAAAGAGCUCGCUGGAGGAUUACAGUCUCAGAGGGUGAGAGUCCAUGACCUGAUGGCAGGGAAUAUGGCAGAUGGUAAGAAUGGUGCAGGAGAAGUGCCUGAAAGCUUACACCUUGCUCCAGAAGCAAGAGGCUAACUGGGAAUAGCAUGGAUUUUUGAAAUCUCAAAGCUCACACCUCAGUGACUCACCAGCUCCAACAAGGCUACACCUAAUCCUUUCCAAACUGUCCCACCAACUAGGGACCAAACUUUCAAAUAUAUGAGCCUUUGGAGAUCGUUCUCAUUGAAACUACCACAGACUGGGACUAUGACUCAGUUUUAGAGUACCUUUUCUUUAUAGCAUGCCCAUGGUCUAAGGUUUGAUUUCCAAUACCACAAAAGAAGGACUUUUCUUUUGGUGGUUAUUUUCCUAGUAUUUUCUCCGGUAAUUAAGAGUGACACACUAAUCUUUGUGAAUCUUGUACAGUGUGGAGUUAUCAAUGCUUUAUAAAAAUUUACUUCUAUGUAUCUAUAGCCCUUUCUUUUUAUUUGUGCCAUGUAAUAUAAAUUUCAUUUUUACAAAUUAUAGAUUCAUGAACAUAUAUUUAUAAUUACUUAAGGAUAUUAAUCUUUGUAAACCUUGUAAGUGCAGUUAUGAGUGUUUUUCAAAAUUUUACUUUCAUGUAUCUAUAUUCCUUUCUUCUCAUUUGUGCCACAUAACACAGUUACCCUUUACACAUUUUAGAUUCAUGAACAUGUUUUCAUAAUUACUCAAAGACAUUGUCCAAAGUCAAAGAAUGAAAAAAAUAAACCAUAUAAACAGCAAACAGAAGACAAUUGGAGAAUAGCAAAAUCAACCACAAAAUUAAAUUUAAAGAUUACUAAAAUAGAGCGUUAAAGAGGGCCAUUAUAGAUAAUAAAAGGGAGACUCUACUGGGAAAAUAUAAAACCUUAACAUAUAUGUACCUAAGUAUAGUGCAUCAAAGUAAAUGUCUUAGUUUCUUUUUCUGCUGUGAUAAAAUACCCUGACCACAGCAACUCAGUGGAUAAAGGAUUUACUUCAGCUCACAAUUCAAGGGUUUGGUCAACCAUCGCAAGGAAGUCCUGGAGCUUGCUGCAGUUAGCCACAUUGCAUUCACAGUCAGGAAGCAGAGAACAAUGAAUGUCUGUAUUCACCACACCUUUUCAUUUUUAUAUAGUCUAGGAUCCUAGUCAAAGGAAUAGUGCUGCCCACAGUAGGCAGAUCACCUCAGUUAAUGUAAUCAAGAUAAUCCCCUAGUGCUCAGGGAAACAGAGGCAGGUGGAUCUAGAGGCCAACUUGGUCAACAAAGCAAGUCCAGGACAGCCAAGGCUACACAGAGAAACCCUGUCUCCAAAAACCUAAACCAAAACCAACCAACCAACCAACCAAACAAACAAACAAACAGAAAAGAAAGUCCCCUAAAGACACACUCAGAGGUCCGGGUCUCAGGUGAUUCUAGGUCUUAUCAAGUUACCACUUGAGAUCCCACAUCAAAACAAAUGAAACAAAAUUUGACACAAACAAAUCAUGUUUAAUUUUCAUUAAAUAACUUGAUUGGAGUAACAACAACAACUCAGAAACAACAGAAAGCCUAUUAACAGAUGGAAACUGAAAAUUUUCCCACUCAGUGACCACUGGGUCAGGAAAGAAAUGAAGAAAAACACUAAAAAAAAGUUUCUAGAAUGCAAUGAAAAUGAAGGACAACAUACCCAAACUUAUGAGACACAGUGAAAGCAGAGCUAAGGGAAAAGUUCAUAGCACAAAGUGUCUUCAUAAAGAAACUGGAGAAUUCUCAUACUAGCAAAUUAAAAGCACACUUAAAAGCUCUAGAACAAAAAGAAGCAAACACAUUCAAGAGCAGUAGAUGUCAGGCAAUAAUCAAACUCAGGACUGAAAUCAGUAACUUAGUAACAAAGAGAACAAUACAAAGAAUCAAUGAAACCAAGAGCUGGUUCUUUGAGAAAAUCAACAAGAAAGACAACCCCCUAGCCAAAUUUACUAAAGUCAGAUAGACAGUAUCUAAUUUAACAAAAUCAGAAAUGAAAAGGGGGACAAUAACAACAGACCCAAAGAAUCCAAAGAAUCUUUAGGUCUUGCUUCAAAAACCUGUAUUCCACAAAAUUGGAAACUGAAAAAGAAACGGACAAUUUUCUGAAGAGAUUUUACUUACCAAAGCUAAAUCAAGAUAAGCUGUUUAAAUGGUUUAAACAGCUCUAUAACCCCUGAAGAAAUAGAAGCAGUCAUCAAAAGUCUCCCGGAAAAAAACAAACAAACAAACAAACAAAGAAAAAAAUAACAACAAAACCCAGGGCUGAUUGUUUAGGUCAGAAUUCUACCAGGCUUUCAAAUAAGAGAUAAUACCAAAACUCAUCAAACUAUUCCACAAAAGAGAAACAGAAGGAACAUUGCCAAACUCAUUCUAUGAGGCCACAGUCACCCUGAUACCUAAACCACACAAAAACUCAACAAAGAAAGAGAAUUUCAGACCACUCUCCCUCAUAAACAUUGAUGCAAAAAUACUUUACAAUAAAGUACUUGGAAACUGAAUCCAAGAACACAGCAAAUACAUUAUCAACCAUGAUCAGGUAGGCUUCAUCUCAGGAAUGCAAGGAUGGCUCAACACACGAAAAUUCAUCAAUGUAAUCCACCAUAUAAACAAACUGGAAAAAAUCACAUGAUCAUCUCAUUAGAUGCAGAAAAAGCUUCUGACAAAAUCCAACACCUCUUCAUAAUAAAAGCCUUGGAGAGAUCAGGGAUACAAGACACAUACCUAAACAUUACAAAAGCAAUAUACAGCAAGCAGAUAGCCAACAUCAAAUCAAGUGGAGAGAAACUCAAAGGAAUUCUGCUAAAAUCAGAGACAAUUCAAGGCUGUCCGCUCUCCUUAUUUCUUCAAUAUAGUACUUGAAGUCCUAACAAGAGCAAUAAGACAACUAAAGGAGAUCAAGGGGAUACAAAUUGGAAAGGAAGAAGUAUCAGUAUUCAUGGAUGAUAUUAUAGUAAACAUAAGUGAACUCAAAAAUUCUACCAGGGAGCUCCUACAGCUGAUUAACACCUUUAGCAAAGUGUCUGUAUAUAAAAUUAACAACAACAACAACAACAAAUCAGUAGCUCUCCUGUAUACAAAUGACAAACAGGCUGAAAAGAAAUUAGGGGGAAAACAGCCUUCAAAAUAGCCUCCCAAAUAUAUAAAAUGUUUUGGUGGAACUCUAACCAAUCAAGUGAAAGACCUGUAUGUCAAGAACUUCAAGUCUUUGAAGAAGGAAAUUGAAGAAGAUAUCAGAAGAUUGAAAGAUCUCCCCCGCUCAUGGAUCGGCAGGAUUAACAUAGUAAAAACGGUCAUCUUACUAAAAGCAACGUGCAAAUUCAAUGCAAUUCCUAACGAAAUACCCAAACAAUUCUUUUUAAAUUUAAUUUCAUUUAUUUACUUAUUACCAUUUAUUCAUUUUGUACCCCUCUUGCUGCCCAUUCUCCCAUUUCCUUCCAGUCCCACCCUUCCUCUUUCUCCUCCUAUGCACAUUCUCUAGUCUCUAGAUAGGGGAGGACCUCCUCCUUCUAUCUGACUGUAGCCUAUCAGUCUCAUCAAGGCUGGCUGCAUCAUCUUCCUCUGUGGCCUAGCAAGAACAGUUCUUUACAGAUCUUAAAAGAACAGUUUUCAGCUCCAUGUGGAAAAAACAAGACAAAACAAAACAAACCAGAAAAGCUAAAAUAAUCCUGUAGAAUAAAAGAUCUACAGGAUGUAUCUCCAUCCUUGUUUUCAAGCUGUCCUACAGAGCAACAAUAAUAAAAACUACAUGGUACUGACAUAGAAACAGACUUGCAGAUCAAUGGAAUCAAAUCAAAGAUCCAGAAAUAAACCCACACACCUACGGUCACUUGAUUUUUCACAAAGGAGCCAAAACUAUACAAUGGAAAAAAAGACAGCAUCUUCAACAGAUAGUGCUGGUCCAACUGGAUGUCUACAUGUGGAAUAAUGCAAAUAGAUCCAUAUUUAUCAUCCUGUGCAAAACUAAGGUCCAAGUGGACCAGAGACUUUAACAUAAUACUAGACACACUAACUCUAUUAGAAGUAAAAGUGGGGAAGAGCCUUGAAUUGAUUGGCACAGGAGACAAUUUCCUGAAUAGAACAAUAGUCCAGGCAAUAAAAUCAACAGUCAAUAAAUGGGACCUCAUGAACCUGAAAGUCUUCUGUAAAGCAAAAGACACUCUCAGUAGAACAAAACAACAGCCUACAGACUGGAAAAAGAUCUUCACCAACCCUAUAUCUGACAAAGGGCUAAUAUCCAGAACAUAUAAAGAACUCGAGAAAUUAAACACCGACAAACCAAAUAAUCCAAUUUAAAAAUGUGGUACAGAGCUAAACAGAGAAUUCUUAACAGAGGAAUAUCAAAUGGCUGAGAAAUAGUUAAAGAAAUGCUCAGUUGUCAUUAGUCAUCAGGGAAAUGCAAGUCAAAAUGUCUCUGAGAUUCCAUUUUACAUACAUCAGAAUGGCUAAGCUCAAGAUCUUAAGCUACAGCACAUGCUGGUGAGGAUGUGGAGAAAGACGAACACUCCUCCACUGCUGGUGGGAGUGUAAACAUGCACAACCAUUUUGAAAAUUAAUUUGGCGCUUUCUCAGAAUAUUGGGAAUACCACUCCUGGACAUGUGCCCAAAAUAUGUUCCACCAGACAGUAUGGACAUUUGCUCAGCUAUGUUCAUAGUGGUUUUAUUUGUAAUAGCCAGAAACUGGAAACAACAUUUAUUGGCUCUAAUAUCAUUUAAAAU